AUGUCAGAGAAGAUCGACACAAACAAUGAUAUUUACAGGCUGGCCGCCUGUCCCUUCAUCAUGGAAAGGAAGGGAGACUACGAUGACGCCAUUCAAAUGUACAAAAGUGCAAUCGAAAUUCUUGGAGAGGCGACAAAAAGAUUCAAGAAGGGAAACGUCCGCAAAGUCAACCGCAAGAUGUUUGAACGUCAAGUCCAGGUUCAUCGUGAACGCCUAGCCUACUUGGAAGGUCUCAAAAAGAAAGGCAGCUAUGAAGGCAUUAUUCUGCCGCCAACGAUCUUGGAUGCAAUGGCAGAAGUGGAGAAAGAUAACGAAACGAGUUGGACACUGACUCAGAUCCGCAAAGAUCUCCACGCCUUCCGAGGAGAGGGACCAAGCCCAACUAAUGCAGAUCCCAGCACGGCGGAAUUACACAUUCAACCAUUCCUCAAUACAGACCCAUCGACACGUCCAGUCUUCUCAACGACACUUCAACCUUCAACACCAACAAUAACCUAUCGCAUCACCCAUUCAUCAGAGCUAGUCGACCUAGGCCUCCGGUCGCACUGGUUCUUCGUGAAAGACUCAACAAACACACACGUUCUCUACGCCCUCCAAUGCCUCUGGAGCAACGAAGUACCAAUCGUGGAAACAGUUUUGCGCCGUGCAGGCGAGUUCCUCCCCCAAAUUGGCGCAACGAUCGUCAAACUUCGAAAGCAAAAGGGCGGCUCAUUCCGCCUGGAGACAUGCACAAUUCCAGAUAUGGGAGUCAUCACUGAGAUCCCCGAUGGCGAGAUGCAGCGGAAGGACUGGUCACCUCGGCGGUUUGAGUAUGGCGGACGGAACUUUGUUUGGAAGAGUGGAGGUGCGGAUGGGAAGAAGGGAGAUGGAGGGAUGUUUGGGGCGUUUGGGUUUGCUUGGGAGUCUUUGUAUGAGACGAAGAGGGUUUGGGCUAAAGAAGGGAGUCGCACUGGCAAAAUGGAGGAUGAGACUGUUGGUCCAAGGCUUUGUUGGGGCGAGAAGAAGGGAGGAAAUGGAGCUGAUCACAGUAUCCAUAUGGUCGGUGGAUUGGAUUUGUAUUUCCGGGAGCAUUUGCUUGCUGUGCAGUUGUCCAGAUUGGCGCGGGUUAGUUAUCCGCCUGCUAAGGAUACUACUGGGAUUGAGAUUGCUGCUGCUGGAGUGGGAUGGCUGUCUAUCGCUACUUCCUUGGCUUAA